CCCCAGAGUGGGGAGAUGGCCGCAGCGACAGGACCCAAAGCCAACUUCAAACAUGUUAUAUGUGCCUCAAUUUCCCUUUCUUGGUCUCAACUUUAAUUUUGCCACCUGAGCUUCCAACUCUCGAUCCACCUUAAUCUUCAGCUCCCUUUUUGCUUUCUCUCUGUUUCUAAGCCUCGGCAUAUAUCCUACGCUGCCAUUCUAUCUGCAUUUUUAUUGCUUCUCAGUUUGGCCAAACUCCAAACUAACCUGUAGACAUCUUCCCCCAAAAAGUGUUUUGUUUUAAAUAUCACGUCUCUUUAUCUUCUCAGGCCAGAGGAAUGGCAGAGGAGUAAGAUGAGGACCCAAAUGCAUGUCUGGAACUAGUUAGAUUGAAGAAGAAAGAGGAUCUUAGGUGACACCAGUUUAAGGGAGACCAUGCUGCUAUUUCUUAACCUCUUGUUAGAGCUGGUCCGGACUCUGGCUGCAGAUGGGGGUUCACACUGGACAUAUGAAGGCCCACAUGGUCAGGACCAUUGGCCAGCCACUUACCCCGAAUGUGGGAGCAAUGCCCAGUCUCCUAUCGACAUACAAACUGAAAGAGUGCCAUUUGAUUCAGAGCUGCCUGCCCUAAAGCCCCAUGGCUAUGAACAGCCCGGCACAGAGCCCCUAUCUCUGCACAACAAUGGACAUACAGUGCAACUGUCCCUGCCCCCCACUCUAUAUCUGGGGGGGCUCCCCCGAAAUUAUGUAGCAGCCCAGCUGCACCUGCACUGGGGCCGAAAAGGGCAGCCCGGGGGGUCAGAGCACCAGGUCAACAGUGAAGCUACAGCUGCAGAGCUCCACAUCGUCCACUAUGACGCUGAUUCCUCUAACGACCUGAAUGAAGCUGCUCAAAAGCCUCAGGGACUAGCUGUUCUGGGCAUCCUCAUUGAGGUAGGUGAGAACCAGAGCCCAGCUUAUGAACACAUCUUGAGUCACCUGGAAACAAUCAGGUAUAAAGGUCAAUCUACCUUGGUGCCACCCUUUGAUGUGGGGGGGCUGCUUCCUCCAGAGUUGGGGGAGUACUACAGGUACAAUGGUUCACUCACUACCCCUCCCUGCUACCAGAGUGUUAUCUGGACUGUCUUCCACAGAAAGGCUCAGAUUUCUAUGGAGCAGUUGGAGAAGCUACAGGAGACUUUGUUCGCCACAGAGGAGAGCAGUCCCUCCCAGUUACUGGUCCAGAAUUACAGAGCCCCUCAGCCCCUCAACCAUCGACUGGUUGUUGCCUCCUUCAUCCCAGAAGGAGCCUUUUAUUCCACAGGUGAAAUGGUGGGUCUAGGCCUAGGAAUCUUGUUCGGCUGUCUCUUCCUCUUGCUUGCGGGUUACUUCAUUGUCAGGAAAAUUCGGAGGAAUCGGCUGGGGGAACAGAAGAGUGUUGUCUUCACUUCAUCCCGACACGCUACCACGGAUGAGUAGAGACCCUCGCAGACACCCCUUAACCAUCACUUUUCAGCAAACCUGGAGGAUUCAGUGCUGGGACUUGCCAGAUAAUAGCUGUAGCACUAAGAGUUGAAUGUCCCUCCUUCCUCCUGACAGCUCCUUGGGGAGCAAGCUUGGACUCUAAGGAAAACAGCUUGGAAAGCUCUUACCACCAAUGGAAAGAUGAGAAAAGCUAGAGGAUUUGUUUUUGUGGAUAGGACAAUGUUUUUCCCUGAGAAGGGAGAAUUAGUUAUACUCAAGAACCCCUCUUACCUUUCAAUAUCUUCCCUGGACAGUACAGUCCCUUGGAAAGAGGGUUGCUGUAGAAUGGGUUCAAGAAUCCAUAUUCUGAAUGUUUCGGAAAUAAAACAUUUUUGACCACACCA